AUGUGCACCUACCACUACCUCCACCACCACCACAUCCCUCCCUGCCCAAAAGACCUCUACUUCGUAAUCCACUACCUCUUCUGCCCCGACGCCACCAUCGAUCUCACCACCGGCAACCGCCAACCAUGCAACAACGCCAUCUACGACGACUCUCACCUUGCGUCCACAGCCAUGUCUGCCUCCAUGUCCAACAGCAUGUCCAACAGCAUCUCAACCUUAUCCACCUCCCCAACCUCCUCUCAGUCCUCCGCAUCAACAACAUCCUACUACUCCAACGACGGCACCUCCUUCCCCGUCGACUACACCUCCCUCUACUUCUCCACCGCAUCCAUGUCCCUCAGCCAGCAACAACAAACACAAACAAUGGACUUCAACAACCCCUGCGCCUCCUCCACCUGCCUGACCUCUCUCGAGUGUUCCUCAGGGCAAUGCCGACUCGAACAACUAGGUGGCAAAUGGACGUGCUGCAGGUGCGGGGGAAAGGGGAAUGAGUAUGCGUGGUGUAAAGCAAGACCGGGACUGGUUAGGGGGGCGGAUCCGGAUAUGGUU